AGGUAUUCCUAACAUCAGUACCAAGAAAGGCGCAUAUAAAGGAUUUACAGUUGACCUGUCACAACCUUUCUCUACCGAGCAUUUAUGCCUUUAUCUGUGUCACUAAGUGAAAAGCCAUCACUGGAUUUCAUACCUUUUACAAACCAUUUUCGUAUGACUUUGUCUGCAUUGCACAACCAGAUAUCAACAAUCGCAAAUCACCAGCGGCAUUAAAAGUAUUUUCCUGCAAGAUUAUUGGUUUCGGAGAUUCACUGCAAUCGCUGAGGUGAUGACUAAAAGAGCUACGCAAACGCCGCAAACAAAGUGCACGUGAAGAGCAAUUUGCCGACGUUGCUGUGUAGAGAGCAUAGAGAGCAGAAACAGAAAAGCCAGGGAAGGCGGGAAGUGCAGCGACAGAUAUCGAAAACAGCAACACAAACAACCGACGCUUCAGGCAAGCAACGCCGAUUGGGAGGCAGCAAAGUUGCAGACUUUUAAAUGCAUGUAGGCGAAAUUUGUUACAGCAGAGCAGGAGCAUAAAGUAGACGCCAACGCAAAUUCAUACAGUAAAUGCAGCAACAACACUACCUGGUCAACAGCAUAAUAACUGUUUGUGGGAAGCAGCCUGACAGCAAAGCACUUGAAAGCAUAGCAAAACAGCUUUGCACGCAAAAUCAUCACCCACAGCAGCAGCAAUAAAAAUACACUAUUUAAAAGAAGGAACUAAAUUAAAGAGUGGGCAAUAAUAGAACGGCCCACACUCCGAUUGUUGGUGCUGUGCCAAGCACCGGCGUGCCAAUGGGGCUGAUACUGACACUGACAGUGAAUGAGAAAGGCGCGAAAAUAAAGUGGCAUAAAUGAAGUAGAGUGUGGCAAAGCAUAAGAAACUACAAAAACAGGGCGAGUUUAUAAAAAUGUGUCGAGCGCUGGUUUUGUGCUGACAGCAAAGAAAUUAAUGCACAAGUCAGGCCAAAGCAAGUAAAGUAGUGAAGAAGUAGCAAAAAAGGCGCCGCCAGCUGAGCGGGGUAGACGCGAAUAGUAGACAAUUUUGACUGCUGACAGCACUGAGCCUAACUGCUAUACUCUUUGUCACUUGUUUGUGUCGCGCGUUUGUCAAAUGAAUCAAUUUGUAUGCCAAAAGUGUCGCUAGACAAAGUGCAAAAUAAAAGGAGCAUCGGACUGGCAGAGCCGCACAGCAGAAAACUGUUUGACAGCUCGGCUGUCUCAGCUUAUUCACGACAACCUUAGAGAAAGAAUGUCACAUUUUGAUUAUGAACUUAAUUUGGAUGGCAAGAUAGGCUGUGGCGGCAAAGCAGCGUAAAUGACGUAAAUGAUAUAGCAGCUAAAAGCAUUGAAUUGAAGUCACAUCAGCGCUUAUGAAAGCAGCAACAGUAGCAGCUUUGGGCGGCAUGCAAGAAAGCAGCAGCAAUUACUGACGUCAGACGGCGAGUUAUGUAGCGAAAUAAAGCGGCAGAUAGCUGACGUAAAUCAAUAAACAGGGCGUGGUGGUGACAUAAAACGAAGUGGCGAGGAAAGAGAAAAGGGUCCCUAAUGGUAAAUGCAAGCACGCGCCAAAUUUUAUAUAACUAAGCUGGCAAAUAGCAGCUAGAAAAGAGAUGGCAUUGCGGCAAGUUAGUAUUUGAAGAAGAACAAAAUUGAGGAAAAACUUGUGAAUACUAAGUACUGAGUCAUAUGAAAGCCUACAAGCAGGCGUUGAAGUAUUGUAUUUGUAUGCGCUAAAUUUGCAGGUCUUUUGAAACUUUAAAACCCGCGAACGGACUGAUCAGUAAUUGAUAAAUUUUGCAUAGUCUUGCGUGUAAAAUUGUUGAAGCAAGCAUUGCCUACUUUUCGGUUCACAAAUAGCUUAAGAAAAAGUUGCAAAUGCGCGACAAAGCACCACUAGUUUAUAGUUUUAGUACUAACUAACAAAACAAAAAAAAAGUCCUGGAAUAUAUUUGGCAUCAGCAGAAAAUUAGCGCAUUUACAAAAUCUAUUGCAUACAUACAGGCGCAAAACACUUGUGGCAGCAUGAUUCGGCGCUUAGUUGCAUGCUGACCUCACGUCCACGCUGACCAUUGCAUAUUUCUUGGCGCCUGCUGUUAAAUAAUUGCGCGCGACGCAACGUGUAUGUAAAUUUGAACAGCAGCAACAACAACAUGCACCAUUCAUCAACACGCCUUUUACUGCCCACAAUACUGAUCGUAUUGGCUACCUGUCGCCUGACCCACACCUGCCCAGCCGAAGUUUGCAUCUGCAAGUGGAAGGGUGGCAAACAGACGGUGGAGUGUGGCGGACAGCAUCUGCCUAACAUACCCGAGGGCAUGGAUCCUGGCACGCAGGUACUCAACUUCACGGGUAAUAGUCUGCAAGUUUUGCAGAGCGAGCGUUUCCUGCGCAUGGAUUUACUCAAUCUGCAGAAAAUCUAUUUGUCGCGCAAUCAGCUGAUACGCAUACACGAGAAAGCCUUUCGCGGUUUAACCAAUCUGGUCGAAUUGGAUCUGUCCGAUAAUAUGUUGCAAAAUGUGCCCACCGAGACCUUUCAGGACUACAGUUCACUGAUGCGUCUCUCGCUGAACGGCAAUCCCAUACGCGAGCUGAAAACGUCGGCCUUCCGUCAUCUUUCGUUUUUGACAACGCUCGAGCUGAGCAAUUGCCAGAUCGAGCGCAUCGAGAAUGAGGCUUUCAUUGGCAUGGACAAUCUGGAGUGGUUGCGACUGGAUGGCAAUCGCAUCGGUUUCAUACAGGGGCCGCAUAUUCUGCCCAAAUCGCUGCAUGGCAUCAGCUUGCAGAGCAAUCGUUGGAUGUGCGACUGCCGAUUGUUGGAUGUGCACGCGUGGCUGAACAACUAUGUGACGCCAAAAGUUGAGGAGCCUAAGUGCGUUGAGCCACCAAGGCUCAAAGGGCAGACAAUCAAGUCGCUGAAGAAGGAGGAACUCGCUUGCCUGCCCGAGGUGACACCAUCGUCUACGUACACAGAGAUAUCAGAGGGCCGCAAUAUGUCCAUAGUUUGCGUUGUGCGCGCCAUUCCCGAGCCACAAGUGCUGUGGCUUUUCAACGGGCAGGUGAUGACAAACGACAGUCUGAUCGAUAAUCUGCACAUGUACUACUACAUAGAUGAGGGCGGCAGCGCGGAGGAAAAACGCAGCGAGAUUUUCAUUUACAAUGUCGGCCCCGAAGAUAAUGGCACUUUUUCGUGCGUGGGGAAGAAUGUGGCGGGCAUUACGUUCAGCAAUUACACGCUGCGCGUCAUAAUCAAAGAACCGCCAGUGGUGAAUGAGGUCUCCUUUCCGCGCGACUAUAUGAACUACAUCAUAGCGAGCAGCACUGGUGCCGGCGUUAUCUUCGUUGUGCUGCUUUGCACGAUCGUAGUUAAAUGUAAGCAGCGGCAACCCAACAAGCGUAAGAAGUGUACGGGCGGUGGUACGGUUACGAAUGUCGUCGGCGGUAGCGCGCAUGCGACCGACAACGGCGGCAACGAGACUGGGUUGAUGAAAUGUUCAUCGAUACUGAACGACGGUGACUCGCUGAAUGGCGGUGCUGGCCUAUUGAUGGCGGAAGGCAUGACGCCGACGAAGUUGUGCAAAGAAAAUGGUGGCGUCAUCAUUGGCGGACAAAUGAAACAGAAUCUGUUAUUGUAUGCGCCCGCUCACUACCAACAACAAACACCAACUUCUGCGGCGGUGGUUGGCGAGAGUGGCCAAACCCUACAGCUGAGCGUGAGUAUGGCAGGGGCAAGUGGCACGCCACCGCCCAUUUUAGUUGGCAACGCCAUGAGCUACUGCUCGCCACCCUCGUCUGUGCGUAACUACCAAGAGAAGAAUCCAGAUUUGGUGAACGAUGCGGAGAGCGUAAAUCACAACAAACUGAAAACUGCGUCUUCGUUGGAUGGUGAUUACGAUGCCGCUAGCGAGUGCUCGGGCCCAUGCAGCAUACAGGGCAUGUCGACGACACCAGUGCAGUACGACAACUGCUAUCAGCUGGCACCUCAGUAUGGUUCGCAGAUCAUACGGCCGUCGAAUAUGCAGUUGAAUGCGGCGGCCGCGUCACGCUUUGCCGCCAUGACAACACUGCCGCGUGGCAUGCAAUUGAAAACGGUUAUGAACAGCAUGAGCAGCGCUCCCGCCCCACAGCACCAAGUGGAUGUGCAUCUGAAUCCCGUGUGUUUUUUGGGUCAGGACGGCUUCGCGUAUGACUACAGCAAUGCACACAUGCAACAAAAUGCGCCACCACCACCACCUUCGCAUCAUCACUUGCAGCUACAGCAACAACACUCGCUGGGCGCCGAUCCUUCACAAUUGCAACACAUUCAACAGCAAAACUAUUACCGCACAUUGCCACACAACCGCGCGCAUAAGCAGCAGCAAUUCGCCGCCUCGGCUGCGAACGCCGGCAUGCGCUAUAGCCUAGAAGCGGAGUUCCUGCAGCGCUCCGGCACACCAACCUACGAUAAAUACAUACCCAAUGUGCGCUUCACAGCCGAGGGCUAUCCGCAAGCCCAGCAACAGCAACAGCACUUGGUGCAAUAUCCCUCACCGCCAGAGGGCUACAAGAGCAGCCAAAGUCCCGCACUAAGCUUGCAUGACGGCAGCGUGGGGGGCGGUAGUGGCGGUGGCGCUUCAACCAUCUCAACAGCCACAUUUCAGCAGUGGCCGCCUUGUUUGCCCGGCUAUCAUAUGCAGGCUGUGCGCUACCCGCCAACCAUUGUCGGUGUAUUGAGCCCGCAAGCGCAUACGCCGCAACAGCAGCUACCACAACAACAGCAACAACAACACAUGUUGCAACAGCAACACAAGUCUGCAACAACGGUUGUACUAACACCAAAUGGUCCAACAAAUCAAACGCAAGUGUCCACAAUAACAACCGGCGCGACGUUGGCCAAUGCGAGCACCAGCACGGGUCCCACCACAUCCACAUCAGCUGCCAAACGUUGUGUAGCCGCACAGGCGGACGCCUCUACCAUACCCGAAUGCGAUGAGAAUGACGUCUCACCCACCACAUCGACAGCUGCUAGUAGCAGUAAUGACGGCAGAAGCAGCAGUAGCAGCAGCAGCAGCAGCAAUGCAACCACAGUGACAAUGUCUGCAAGCAAUACAACAGUAGCAACAGCGACGACCGCGACGGCAACCGAAGAAUCCUCAAAACUGCGGCAUUUAAACGGACCGCUAGCCGAUAGUCCAGACGAGGGUUAUGUAGGCGAUUCGCAUGAAGGUUCUGAUAUUUGACGACGCGGUGCCAAUGGCAGUUGUGCAAACACGCACGCCAAGGCGGGCGGUAGUGGUGUGAAGGCGGUCAAAUUGGACGACUCUGUAGCGUUGUAGAGCAGCUGUUCAAUUUCAGGGAAAAACAAUGGCAGAUGAACAAACAUUUAAUUGAAAACUGAUCGGAUAACAAAGCUGGAAAAAAGUGGGUUCGAAUCUAUAAAUCUUUGUACGAAAACACAAUGUAAUAUAUGUAGAUAUUAUGUGAGGAUACUUGAAUAAAUCGAGAGAAGAUUAAAUUAGUACACACAACCACACUUUUGUACGGCUGUAUGUAACAGUGGCUGCACUGUAAUAGCAAGAAGCCAGAAAUCUUACUCAAAGAUGACUAACCACAGGAGCUGCAUACAAAUCUACAGCUGCAUACAAACCAACAGCUGCAUACAAACCAACAGCUGCAUGCACAAAUCUACAAACGCAAGCAGCUAAUAAUUUGAACAAUUGAAAUUUAGAAGAGCACACACACAUACAUACACGCGCGCGCACACACUCAUGCACAUUACAAGUAUUUUAUGAUAAAAUGGAAAUUUGAUUUAAAUUCAAGUAGAUAAGAAAACUUUUGCAAGCAUCGAUAUGAACGUAGAGAUAAAUUAGUGAUUGCAGCAGCAUAAAACAUUUAUUAUCGCCGGAUUGCAAGUGAUUGCCAGAAAUCGCACACACACACACACCCACAU